CACAACAAUGAGGAGAUCAUGGACAAUAUUACCAUGCAGAACCAAUUCUAUGAGAUGCAGGUCAUCAAGAAAGAGAACGAGUCAGGCUACGAGAGGAGAACGCUGGAAAUGGACUAUCGCCCAGUAGAAGUGAAGACAGAGAUGAAGCAAGAGGCACCCACCAGCUUCCUCCUUCCCGAAGCAUCUCAACUCAAACCAGACAGACAGCAGUUCCAGAGUCGCAAGAGGCCUUAUGAAGAAAACCGGGGACGGGGGUAUUUCGAGCACCGAGAGGAUAAGAGGGGCCGCUCUCCUCAGCCUCCCGCUGAAGAGGAUGAAGAUGACUUUGACGACACCCUUGUUGCCAUCGACACAUAUAACUGCGACCUCCACUUCAAGGUGGCCUGAGACCGGAGUAGUGGCUACCCACUCACAACUGAAGGUUUUGCAUACCUGUGGUCAGCAGCCCGUGCCAGCUAUGGGGUCGGAAGGGGCCGUGUGUGCUUUGAGAUGAAGAUCAAUGAGGAAAUCUCUGUGAAGCACCUUCCAUCUACAGAGCCCGACCCACACGUUGUCCGUAUUGGUUGGUCCCUGGACUCCUGCAGCACUCAGCUAGGCGAAGAGCCUUUCUCCUAUGGCUAUGGAGGCACUGGGAAGAAGUCCACCAAUAGCCGGUUUGAAAACUACGGAGACAAGUUUGCAGAGAAUGAUGUGAUUGGCUGCUUUGCGGACUUUGAAUGUGGAAAUGAUGUGGAACUUUCCUUCACCAAAAAUGGGAAGUGGAUGGGCAUUGCCUUCCGAAUCCAGAAGGGAGCCUUAGGGGGUCAGGCCCUCUACCCUCAUGUCCUGGUGAAGAAUUGUGCAGUGGUGUUCAACUUCGGGCAGAGGGCAGAGGCCUACUGUUCUGUCCUCCCAGGCUACACCUUCAUCCAGCUCCUUCCCCUGAGUGAGCGAAUCUGGGGCACUGUUGGACCAAAGAGCAAGGCAGAGUGUGAGAUUCUUAUGAUGGUGGGUCUGCCUGCCACCGGUGAGACCACAUGGGCCAUGAAACAUGCAGCCUCCAACCCCUCCAAGAAGUACAACAUCCUGGGUACCAAUGCCAUCAUGGAUAAGAUGCGGAUGAUGGGCCUAUGCCGUCAGAGGAACUACGCUGGCCGCUGGGACGUCCUGAUCCAGCAGGCCACCCAGUGCCUCAACUGCCUCAUCCAGAUCGCUGCCCGAAAGAAACGCAACUAUAUCCUAGAUCAGACAAAUGUUUAUGGGUCAGCCCAGAGACGAAAAAUGAGACCAUUUGAAGACUUCCAGCACAAAGCUAUUGUAAUUUGUCCCACUGAUGAGGACCUAAAAGACCGAACAAUAAAGCAAACCAACAAAGAAGUGAAGGAUGUCCCAGAUCACACGGUCUUAGAAAUGAAAGCCAACUUCACGUUGCCAGAUGUUGGGGACUUCCUGGACGAGGUGCUGUUCAUUGAGCUGCAGCGAGAGGAAGCAGACAAGCUGGUGAGGCAAUACAAUGAGGAAGGCCACAAGGCUGGGCCAUCCCCUGAAAAGCGCUUUGACAACCGAGGCGGUGGCAGCUUCCGGGGCCUUGGGGGUGGCGGCGGUUUCCAGCGCUAUGACAACCGAGGUCCCCCCGGCGGAAACGGAGGAGGCUUCCAGAAUCGGGGAGGAGGCAGUGGAGGAGGCAGCUACCGAGGAGGUUUCAACCACAGUGGAGGUGGUGGCGACAACCAGAACCGCUGGGGUAGCGACAGCCGGGAUAACAACAACUCCAACACCCGAGGCAGCUACAACCGGGCUCCCCAGCAACAGCCGCCACCACAGCAGCCUCCACCGCUACCCAGCUACAGCCCUGCUCGGAACCCCCCAGGGGCCGGCAGCUACACUAAGAACAGCAACAUCCCUGGCUCGAGCGCCAAUACCAGCACCCCUACUGUCAGCAGCUACAGCCCUCCACAGCCGAGUUACAGCCAGCCACCUCCCUACAACCAGGGAGGUUACAGCCAGGGCUACACAGCUCCACCACCUCCACCUCUGCCACCACCUGCCUACAACUAUGGCAGCUACGGUGGCUACAACCCAGCCCCUUACACCCCUCCGCCGCCCCCCACUGCACAGACCUACCCUCAGCCCAGCUAUAACAAGUACCAACAGUAUGCCCAGCAGUGGAACCAGUACUAUCAGAACCAGGGCCAGUGGCCACCGUACUACGGGAACUACGACUACAGGAGCUACUCCGGGAACACACAGGGGGGUACAAGCAUACAGUAGCCAGUGUGUCCUGGAGGACCCUGCCGGCUUCCUCCACCAGCGCCCACCUUGGCCCCCCUUGUCCACCCCCACCGAGUCACGUGGUGCUGGGGGACGGGUCCUCCCAGGGCU